ACAGACCAACCACGUACAGAACAAACAACUACAGAACAAACAAGAACAAAUCAAACGAGAACAGAACAACCAAAACAAACAACUACAGAACAAACAAUAACAGAACAAACAAGAACAGAACAACCAAGUACAGAACAUCCAAGUACAGAAAAAACAAGUACAGAACAACCAGCUACGGAACUACCAAGUACAGACCAACCAAGUACAGACCAACCAAGUACAGACCAACCAAGUACAGACCAACCAAGUACAGAACAAACAAUAACAGAACAAACAAUAACAGAACUACCAAGUACAGAACCACCAACUACAGAACUACCAAGUACAGAACUGCCAAGUACAGAACAACCAGCUACAGAACUGCCAAGUACAGACCAACCAACUACAACAUCAAGUGGAACAACCUUAAGCAUGCUGUGUAGGCCUAUCUAUUAUAUGAGCUUGAUUAUUUGUUCAUGGAGUAUACUUGAAGGCUUUUUUGUCAUCAAAUAGCGCACAUGUCACAUGGGACAUGUCUUUAUUUCAUAAGGUUCGAGCAUUUUUGCUUUUAGCAAAACCAUUGUGAAAUGCCUAUUGUUUUUUAAACCAUGAGCUUUGGGCAUAAUCAACUCAUAGGGCCCUAUUUUAACGGUCUGAAACGCAAGUGAGAAGCGCCAAGCGCAAGUAGCUUUGUGGGCGGUUCU